CACCGUGCUAAUGAACAGCGACCCGCUCACUUGCAGUUCCUCCGCCUCGGUCUCAGCGCAGCGGCGAUGCGCUCCUCCUCUGCCGUAGCAACACAUCGAGGCGAGCUAAGGAUACACUCGUCUAUUUUUGUCAUAAUAUUUCGGUGUAGUUUUUUUUUCUUUUAAUUUAUUUAAUAAGAAGACUGAAACAGCUCCGAAGAGAAACAAAACCGCAACCCCCGCAAGCUCUCAUCUGCUUCUCUUCUCGCUUUUUUUUUUUUUUUUUUUUUUUAAAGCAGUCAUAUUUGUUGUUUUUGGUCUCACGAAUAUUGAAGAGGAUAGUCCGAUGUAUUAUGGAUGCUUUAUCUGUUUGUGAAGGAAACGCUGCGGAUCUUAUGAUCAUGGACUCGGAUGCGGGCGAGAGAGCCGAACAAGAAAGCUCGGCAGGUGAGAUGGUGGAGGUGCCACAGGGUGCAAGAGAGCCCAGACCGGGCCUGAUCCACACAGAGGGAGUGCCCCCCAGCCCCCCCAGGACAGCCCCCCUCUCCCAGCUUUACCACCAGGUCUCGGGGGGCACCGGCUCCCGCGAUUCGCCACUGCUGAGGAGAUGUCGCUACUGCGGGCACCGGCAGCCAACUACAGCCAGCUCCAGGCCCGAGCACUGUCCAAUCACAGACAGCCCUCGGCCGGACUGCCCCCCUGCCGCAGUCAGGACCGCCCUCAGCUGUAGCUCCUCCCCUGUGCCUUCUGGCCGCGACACAGUGCACUGCCAUUGGCUACAGGGAUCACAUGACUCCAGGAACCACCAGCCAGUGCAGCAGCACGUGGUGACUGUCAGGCAUGAGUCCCAGUACCGGAUCCCUAGAAGCUAUUCCCAGCUGAUUGCUGACUGGCCGAUGGCAGUGCUGAUUACCUGCGCUGUGGUGUUCCUGGUGUGCUCAUUGGCCGGGGUGCUGAUCGGUCCCCUGCCAGACUUCUCAGAUCCUCUCUCAGGCUUUGAGCCACGCGGCACUGAAAUCGGGACGCGGAUGCAUGCCUGGAUCGAGCUGCAGGAGAGCACGGAGACAGGGAAGCUACUGUUCCUGUCUCCCAACCAGUCCCUACUCAGUGAGAAGAAAGGGGGCGCUGUGGGGGAGAGAGAGGCUGUACCCCCCGGCCCUGAGACCAAGGAGAAGAGGAGAAAGAGGAGGAUGGUGGAAUGGGACUUCACGCAGGAAUCCUUCUUUUGCAACUCUCCCAACGUCAGCUUUGCUCAGCUGGUGUUCCGCUCUGGAAAUUCGGACAGUCUCUGGAGUCUCUCCGCGAUUCACUCCAUGUGUAAAAUGGAGGAGGAGCGGAUCCGGUCCCACUCUCACUUCCAGAACCUGUGCCUCAGGCGGGGCGAGGAGGGCGGGCAGUGCUGCCCCAGCUGGUCCCUGGGCAACUACCUGGCGGUGCUGGAAAACGUGACGUGUGAGGAGCUGAGCGAGCAGCAGCUGUCAGACCGGCUGCACCAGCUGCGGAGGUGUGCUCCCUACUACCACGAGGGCAGCCUGGCGCCGGCCUGCGGGGAGCGGGGCAAGCCCGGCCGCUGCUCCACCGUGCCCGACCAAUGCAAGAGCUCCAGCGCCGUCUACCAGAUCCUCCACUACCUGGUGGACAAAGACUUCCUGGGGCCGCAGACCACCGGAUACCAGGUGCCCUCGCUCAAGUACAGCCUGCUCAUCCUGCCCCUGGGCAGGGGGGAGUCCCUGAUGGACAUCUACCUGCAGAACCUGGAGGGCUGGGACCUGCGCUUCGGCACCACCGCAGUCACCGGCAUGGACCUGGGCAUCAAGAAGCAGCUGUUCUACUACUACCUGGUCAGGGACCUGGUCUAUCCACUCCUGGGGGCGGUCACCCUCGUCCUGGCCACUGCCCUCUACCUGCGCUCGCUGCUCCUGGCCGCCGUCACUCUGGGGGCGGUCCUGGGCUCCUUGGGGGUCUCUUACUUCUUCUACAAGCUGGCCUUCUGCCUUGCCUUCUUCCCCUUCCUCAACCUGGCCACUGUCCUGGUCCUGCUGGGCAGCUGCGCCAACCAGGCCUUCACCUUUUCAGACCUGUGGCGCCUGCAGCUCUCCCAGAAGACCCCCGCUCUCCUGGAGAAGAGGGUGAGCCGAGUGCUGCACGAGGCUGGCUACCUGACCUUGGUGUCCGGCCUGACGUCCAGCGCGGCCUUCUACUCGGGCUACCUGAGCAGCAUCACGGCAGUGCGCUGCUUUUCCCUCUACCUCGGCACGGCCACGCUGGUGAGCUCGCUCGCCGCCCUGGUGUGGCUACCCUGCUCCCUGGUCCUCCGCGAGAGGUACUCACAUGUCACAGUCUCCCCACGGCCGGCCGGCAAGGUGUGCUGUGUCUCGAGCUUAGGGGGGUUCUGGGACAGCAGCUCCAGGAAGCGCUGCCUCUUCUCCCUGGCGCACAAGAUGAGGGGCCUGAGCAGGGGCAUGACCAACACUUCAGACCUCCUGUUCUUGAAGGUCCUGCCUUGCGGGGUGGUCAAGUUUCGUUACAUCUGGCUGUGCUGGUUCACGACGCUGGCUGCCGGGGGCACCUACAUCACCUGCGUGGACCCUGGGAUGAAGCUGCCCGUGCUGGAGAGCCAAGCCACUCAGCUCUUCCGCUCCAGCCACCCCUUCGAGCGCUACGAUGCGGAGUACCGGCACCAGUUCAUGUUCCAGAGGCUGCAGAGCGGCGAAGAGAAGCCCAUGGCCAUCACGCUGGUCUGGGGGGUCCUCCCUGCUGACAACGGGGACCACCUCGACCCCCGCAGCACGGGCUCCCUGGUGAUGGACCCCGAGUUCAACAUGAGCAGCCCCGAGGCUCAGGUUUGGCUGCUGGAGCUCUGCGGCAGGACGCGAAACCAGAGCUUCUACUGGGAGCAGUGGGAGGGAGAGCGCGACAGGGGGGAGAGUGUGUGUCUGGUGGAGAGGCUGGUGCUCUGGAUGAGCAGCAGGCAGUGCUCCCUGAAUGACAACGACAACGGCCUCUGCUGCAACCACAUCCCUUUCCCCUACCGCCCCGCCGUGUUCCAGCACUGCCUUGGCAUAUUCACCGCGGAGAGGAGGGAGGAGGAGGAGAAGAGGGGGCUCCGGUCUGACUCAGGGAGUGUGCGCUUCGACUCCGAGGGCCGUGCGGUGGCCCUGACGCUCGUGUUUGGGACCACCUACCGCUACAGCUUCAACUACAACCAAACGGACCUCUUCUACCAGGAAAUCGACGCCUGGUUCCUGGGGGAGAUGUCAGGGGCUCCCCCGGGGUUGCGUGGGGGCUGGUUCGUGAGCCACCUGGCCCUCUAUGACCUGCAGCAGUGCCUGAGCUCCGAGACUCUGGUGGUGACGGGCUUCUCAGUGGCGCUGGUCUUCACCACGCUGCUCCUAACCACGUGGAAUGUGCUGCUGAGCGUCUACGGUGCCGCGGCUGUGGGGGGCAGCGUCUUCGUGACGGUUGGGCUGCUGGUCCUGCUGGAGUGGCAGCUAAGUGGGGUGGAGGCUCUCUUCAUCUCAGCCGCUGCCGGGCUCUCUGUGGACUUCGUCGCAAAUUAUUGCGUCUUCUACAGCCUCUCCCCGCACACGGACCGGCUGGGCAGGGUGGCGCACUCCCUCAAGAGGAUGGGCUGCCCCGUGGCGCUAGGGGCCGGCUCCUACUUCUGCGCCGGGAUCCUGAUGCUGCCGGCCACCGCCCUGGUGUUCCGCAAGCUGGGCAUCUUCCUACUGCUGGUGAAGUGUGUGGCUUGUGGCUUUGCCACCUUCUUCUUCCAGUCCCUGUGCUGCUUCUACGGGCCCCAGAAGAACUGUGGCCAGAUCCUGUGGCCCUGCACUGCUGCGGGUGUGGACGCAGGAGGCCACAACACCAAGGAGGACGGUUCUGCCCCCGGUGUGGCGGCCACCAGAUCGGCCGCUAACGGAGUGUUUGGCUGCCGGUCAAGAGCCAGGAGGAGUUUCGGGAAGGAAGGAGGCAGGGGCGAGGAGCAGCUGUGUCAGAACCAGCAGGGAGGAGGAGGAGGAGGACGAGGAGGAGGAGGAAGGGGCCGGGGGGGAGAAGAGGAACACUACGAGCUGCAGCCUCUGGCCAGGCAGCUGAGCGACAGCUUCGAGAACAGCACCUGCACCAGCAAGCUGUCCAACCGGCCCUCGGUGCUGAGCGAGGAGAUCCAGUUCCGCGGACUGAGCCCAAGGAGGACCGUGCUGGGGAGGAGUGGAGAGGAGCAAGGGGAGGCUGGGAGGGGAGAGAACCGGGGGCGCCGCCUGCACCCCUGCCCCCCUCCUCCCGCGCUGCAGACAUCCUCCCCCUACAGAGAGAACCUCCUGAGGCCCCUGGCUCCCGCACCACCUCUGGGAGACCAGGCCCAGGACAGGCUGCUGUGCAGGAGGUGCCAGGGCCAGACUGGGGAGCUCCGACACUGGAGAGCAGCCUCCCUCUCCUCCUCCUCCAGCAUGGAAGACAUCACCCAGCCCCUGGACUCACGCCACCCCUCAGUCAGCGACGAAGGGAGAGCAGCCAGCAGCUCUUACCAGCACCACCCCCACCGGCGUCUGCUAUCCUCCCAGUCCCAGAGCUCCUUCGAUGGGCUCGAGGACUCCAACGAGACCUGCCUGAGCGACAUGGAGGGGGGGCCGCCCGCCCCACUGCCCCCCUCCAAGCCCCAGGAGGAGGGGCCACCAGGACAUCUCAACGGAAAGAGGGACACCUUGCGGCUGGCCCUGAGGGAGACUGUGUUCGAUGAAGCGCCCCCAGUGGCUGGGAGGUGCAGUGCGAGCCACGGGGAGCAGCAGCCUGUCAUCCUGCCCAACAGCAAGCCUGACCUGCCCGACGUGUGGAUCAGGAGGGAGGAGGAGGAGGGAGGGGAGGGGAGGGAGGACGACAGCUGAUGGGAACUGAAGAAGUUAUAGAAACUCCCUUAUUGAUAAAAACUACUUACCGUAUUCAAAAAAACCUAAAUGGUUGGCGGAUCUUUGUCUUUUAACUCUUUCUAGACAGACUGGACCAGGACACUGUACAGUACCUGGGCUGCUGUCUUUGAGCUAAAUGCAGCACUCAGACCAGCACAGGGACCCCCAUGUGAAGCUCCCAGUCAGUGCAAAUUGUUUUAAAAUGCAUGGACCGCCAAAGCACUAUUUUUAAACUCCAGAAACUGAACUCUUCAUUCGAAAGCAUGAACACGUGCCAAAAAGGGGAACCUGGGCCCUAUUGAGAGAAUUAAACAGCUAAAGAAACACAAGAAAACAAGAGGUACAGCUGAUACUGUCUGCGGGACACCAUGCCAACGGCUCCAUCUUCUGGUCAGCGCUGUGAAUUACAGUUCCUACUGACCAGCAAGGCUGGCAAAACAAGCUCUAUACACACACACGCACAUGCACACACGCACACACGUAUAUAGGUUUAUUAAAAUGGAAACAGAACAGUUUUUCUGUAGAUUUAGUUUAGUUUUUUUUUUUUUUUUUACAGAAGUUUUCACUUUGACUAAUAUUGAGUAAUAUUUUGGUGCCCCUCCACUACCCAUGGCACGUUAUCACUCAGUCCGGUACGAAAUGUUCCGGGAGCCUCCACACUUUGAGUAGCACAGCUGCUGUAGAGAGUCCUGCUGGAGGACUGAAGAGCAAUAUCGCUGCCUCACAGCCACUCUAAAGUUGGGCUGAAGUUAAAGGUUUGCGUGUAAAUGAUGAUUUAAAGUCAGAGCUAGGGUUUUGUGCAGCUGCUCCUCAAAGUGUGGUGAUUCAGACAGAUAAACAACGUGCUAGGCUGCCCCCAGGGAAGCACAGUUUUAGGGUCUGGCUGGUAUUCUGUGUUGCCAGCCCGCGCCGACCUGCCAAGCAGUCCUGUGAGUUUGAAUAUGCUGUCUAGAUCUGCUGUGUGUCUGUAUGUACAGGACAACAAAAGCAAGUGCCAAACAGACGUGAUUUCCAGAUGCAUUUAUAUUUCUGCCAGUGGAUUCUGUUGCUUUGUUAUUUAUCAGUGUGUAAUUGUACACAGUUGUGGGGCUACAGUCAUGAGAAGCAUUUCUGGCUGGCAGCUUUCUGCUUACAUCUGCCUUUGUUGUUGGUGGAAUGUGUAUUGAACUGAAGGGAGCACAACAUGUUAGGGCUUCUCUCUUCCUGAACAUCAGAGCUCUGGCGUACAAAGUUCCCAUUCAUCUCUCAAAUCCUGACCCCUCAGAGGGGGUUAUUAAACCAGGGGACAGGUUUGGUAAAGUUACAUCUUCAUGAAACAGUUUGAGACUGCUGCCGGUUUAUUAGAAAAGGUUCACGCUUACAAAAGCAUCUUUAAAUAACUCCUGAGGUAACAAUGUUUGCUUAAACACUUCUACUUAUUAAAACAACAACCAAGAAAGACGCAGCAUUCAGCCACAUGGUGGCGCAAAGCUCUUGACUAAAAAAUAACUGUUGAUUUAAAAAAAUAAAGAUUAUUUUUGGUUUGUC